UCCCAUUCACAUUUUAGUUGAACUUUUGAGGUGCUAUGGUGAAGUAGUGUCGCGCGCUGUAAUUUUCUUACGUGUUUAAACUCGUAAAAUCAAAACUUUUAUUACGUUGUAAAAUCAUUUUUAAGUAUAACAAAACUUACAAGUGUCACAUCUCUGAUUUACACGUGCAACGUAUUAGUGAUAUAAGUUGUUAUAAAAAAGGAAACAUUUUAAACUAAGUUUCUAGUAGUGUUAAAUUAUGCCCAAUAACAUGUCGAAACUUUUAGUCCAUAGUUUGCUCAUGUUUUUAGCUAUUAAUGCUAUAGAUGCUCUAAAAGAGAACUGUAACAAGGAAGAGGAUUUGCUGCAAAGAUGCUCCAUGGCGUUGCCAGUUCUCAGUUCACCGGAGAUAUCGUUUGCUCUGACUAGAGAAGAAUUAGACAAGAGUUGUGAAGAGCUUCGAGCGGGUAUCAAAUGCAUUGAUAACUAUACGGCUAUUUGUAUGGAGAAAAACGAACAGGUUGUAUUCAGACGGAUAUAUGCUGGUAUAACUGACGUAGUGCAGGAGUUAUGUGCAAGAGGACCUUACCAAGAUGAAUACUUGAGGCAUGCGGAUUGCGUGAAGAACGUACGCUCCGAAUAUGAAGUGUGCAGCAAGAAGUAUGAGGUCACAUUAACAACACUAAGCAGUCAUAAGAACGACCAGUACCAUACCGACCACAACGACGUGGUGGAUCAUGAACACCAUUUGAGGACUGUCUGUUGUUCAUUCCAAGAGUACUUGAUGUGCUCAGAGCAAACGGUGCAGAGGUCGUGCGGUGAUGAGGCUGCCAUGUUCACCAGCGCCUUCCUCAAAAGAAUGGCUUCCAAUAUUAUUAAGAACUUCUGCCUUGAAUACCGCGGUCGCGAAUGUGGGUUGGCAGGUAAAGCUGACAGUCACGCCUCAUCGCCUAUAAUCCUUGCGAUAUUAGCACAAAUCGCGUAUAUAACUGGCAAUUUAGUACCAGCGUAGUUACCUUAAUUUAUUUAGGUGGAAGAUAUCUUAAAUUAGAACGUCGGUAGAAACGUGGUCGUGUCCGAAGUUUGCGACUAUUGCAGCGUUUAGUGCACUGUAAAUAUUUUAUCAGCCUGGUGACUAAAUCCUGAGUAAGAUUUAUCCUAUAGAAGUCGCUGAAUUAUUUAAAUGUUAUAAGUAAUCUUGUAUGUUAUGCAUGUUACACAUCAAAUUCUAAUAUAUAAAUACUAGUUCAGAGUUCAAUAUACAGUAAAUAUUGAG